UCAAUUGGUCGCAAAGCAGAGACUGGAGAUGGAAAGAUGGCCCUCGAUAAUUUAAUACUCGCGCAAUGUAUCCUCUAUUUUUUUGCUUUUGUGUUCAGUUUUAUUGCCGUUGUGCCUCUUUCCGAAAAUACGGAAGAUUUUCGGGGGAAAUGUUUGCUUUUCACGCAUGGAAUUUGGCAGAAUGAAAAUAUUACAGUAUCGAAGCAGCGCUUCAUCGUUGAGGAGUGGGGACGGGAGUCUUCGUGCAGUUUCAUCACUUUUGUCGGGAUAGCUUCCCUCGUCGUGUCUGCAGUGCAGGCGUGGAGACUGCUUUUCUUUCUUUGCAAAGGGCACGACGAUUCCAUCUUCAAUGCCUUCCUGAACCUGCUCAUCAGCUCUCUGAUGGUGUUCAUGGUCUUCCUGUCCAGCAGCAUCAUCAGCGUGGGGUUCAACCUGUGGUGUGACGCUGUCACAGAAGCAGGCAGCAUGCCCAGCAGCUGUGAAGACCUUCAGGACACGGAUCUGGAGCUGGGGUUGGAUAACUCUGCCUUCUAUGACCAGUUUGCUAUAGCUCAGUUUGGGCUGUGGGCAUGCUGGCUAGCGUGGCUGGGCAUCGCGGUGAUGGCCUUCCUCAAGGUCUACCACAACUACAGACAGGAGGAUCUUCUGGACAGCCUGAUCCACGAGAAGGAGCUGCUCCUGGGGCGAUCCUCGCGCAGGGGCUCCGACGGCCGGGACCGGAAGAAGGGCCUGAUAUAGAGCACUGGGACACACACACACACACGUAUGCACACAGCCACACACACACCCACGUAUGCACACAGCCACACACACACCCACGUAUGCACACAGCCACACAUCCACACACGCACACACUCGCAUUGACAUAUGCACACGCGCACAAAUCCACACACACUGACACACAUACACUCGCUAGCCCUGCCUGCCACUGUAGAGUGACCAAACCCUGUCUAUUCAUACAAUCAAAUCAAUGGGUUCUGACUCACAAGUAAAAUUUUAGGAUUCCUGUUAUGCCUUUGGGUUACAUCUCAAUGUACUUGACUGGCCUCCUUUUUUUUAAACGUCGCUGUAGACGGUGAACUUCUAAAAGGGUGAACAAGUCAUCGAUGUUCUGCGGCAGAUUAAAUACGCUUGUCCACUUGCUUCCUGUGUUAUUCUAAACGCAAACUAAUUACUGCUGACGCGUCAUCUGCUUCCAGGCGCACGCUUAGACGUGCGUGAGCGGAGAGAAUCUACAGGCAUUUAAUAAGGAGGAUGUAAAGGAUGUGUUAGGCCCUUCUGCUUCCACCGUGAGUGAGGCUCCACAUUUAGCAGCAUGAUUCUGGUGACUCAUCCAGACAGGGAGGUUGGAAGGACAGUUUAUCAUGGCUCCUCAUGUCUUUGUGCUUUGUUUUGCAUGGGCAGUGUGCAUGCAGUGAGUAGGGUUAGGGUUCGAUCUACUGGAGUAUUGUAUCAUUAAUAUGUUUCUGGGACAAGCUUCCUGGUUGUGUACUCUGAACACAGAUACCCUGUGAGUUGGGCAGCGUUGCUUCAGUUAUGACUGCUUUAUUGCAUGCUGUGUAUGUGUUCUUUUGCAGAGUAAUAAAUCUGUACCAAACAAGUGUUUUCUUUUAAGGUAUUACGUAGGCUUUGGAUGAUGCACACGGUCAAUCAAUGAACUUUUCUAUUUUCAAAGGACAGAGUUGUGAAGUGAGAUUACCAGAAGUCAGAAGUUCAUUUCACCUCCGGUCCGGCCCUUCUUAGUCUAAACAUCCAGUACAGAGUACAUGCUGUACAGUGCAUGCUGGGUAGUGACAACAAAAGCCUGCCAUCACGCUCUGUGGCUUUGGUACAGUAUGCAAUGACAAGUUUUAUUUGUAUUCAUUCAAAUCAUAUAAAAGAUAGGAACCAAGAAAACCUUCCAAAAGGCACUUCUUUCAAAGUGACCACUAACACAUUGCCAGACAUGAAAUGCAGCUACAAACCAAAAUGUGCACACAGGCAAUAUUUCCCCAGGUGUUCUUGUUGCUGAGGAUGGCUUAGUCUGACAGUUAAGUGGAAGCCCUCGAGAUUAGACAUACCUCAUCUUAUCAGGCAUUGGUUGAACCAUAUUGCAAAGAGCUUCAAACGUAAGACUUCUCGCACCCUAUCAUUUCCUAUAGUUGUGUUCCCUGAAACUUGUUAUAUAAAGAAUAACUUAUUAUUGGGAAACUAAAUUGUGUGGUGUCUUAUUGCUCAAAUGUAAAAGUCUGUGACAUGCACCAAUGAAGCCCUUUGAAGCGUGACCCAUUUUCAGGAGACUCGUGUUUUCUAAAUUAGAUUUGUGCCAAUUACCACAAGUCUCACAGUGAUGCAAGUAUUCAGUUAUGCUGCUGCGUUUGGCCUCUUACCACGCCAAUGUACCCUCCACCUCAUCAACUGUACAUCCUUCACUAUGCAACCCUUCAUAUCUACAUCUGAACAAGCAUUUGACAUCAAGAUUAAAAACCUGAAUUCUGCAGAAGUUGAAACAGACUAGUAGUUGAAAUAGAAAUGUAACAGGUAACAAAAUCCUUAUAAAAUUCAAUGUACAGGAAAGAAAAGUACUAAAUAUUUGUGUAGCCGCUGUUUACAGUUUACAAGAAUAGAUAACAUUUGAAGAUGGAUAUUAGUGUGGCAUUUUAACAUUUAGGAUGAACACUGGCAUAAGCACUCAUUCUGAGCACGUUCAUUUAGAUUUAGAUUAGAUUAUAAAUAAUGACAUGGGGAAUUUAUACAACAGUAUUGUGCUGACGAUGUCAUCUUUAAUCCAACUGAGCGUCCACUGACUAAAGGUGGAUAGACCACAGAGCAUGUAGUUUGUAAAAGAAAAGAUGACUUCAUUCGUAUAAAUAUUCAAUUUCGACCUGGCACAGUGAAGUGAAACAGUCCUGUCAUUCUUCUUCAUGGAUUUCCUUUUCAAAAGGAAAUCCCAUUUGUGCUUCACUCAUCCCCCAAACUCACGUAGGACAGUUAAGGUGUUCAGUGCCUAAUCCAAACAAUGUUAAAGGUCCCGACGUUCAAAAAUGUGCAAUAACAAGGCUGAAUAUUGAUAGACUUAAUAUAUCUUAAUAUUGUUGUAGACCUUACCAUAUAUACACAUUCAUAUCCAUGUAAAUAUUCAAUGUACACAAAAUGUUAUAGUUUUGUAAUAAAAUAAAUAUUUGCAUUCCAUGGAAACAUUCACACACGUACAAUAAAUGUGUGCCGAUAAUCAAAAAAAGGCAAAUGACCAUAGCAGUUAAGUGAGCAUAACCAGUGAGCUUUAGCUUUGCAAAUUUGCUAAAUAUACCAACCGAACCAAACUGAACAAGUCC